AGACGGGGAGAGAGAGCGCGAGAGAGAGAGAGAGAGCGCGAGAGAGAGCGCGAGAGACCUUUAAGUAGAGACCUUUGGAUCCCCAGUCACGUGACUCGGGCUCGCCGCCGCCGCCGCCUGCCUGCCGUUUGGAGCUGAACGCUGUCCGCCGCGGCCCGCUGGAAAGGAUGGGAGAGCCUCCCUUGUCAUGUGACUGUUUUGUAUCGUUGCCCCCUGGCUCUCAAGAUGACCAUGUGAUCUUUGGGAAGAACUCUGACCGUCCACGGGACGAGGUGCAGGAGGUGGUCCACUGCCCCGCGGCCUCUCACCCACCAGGGUCCACGGUGGAGUGCACAUACAUUCAGAUCCCCCAGGUAGAGCACACCCAUGCUGUGGUCCUCAGCAGGCCUGCCUGGCUGUGGGGGGCUGAGAUGGGAGCCAAUGAGCAUGGCGUGUGCAUUGGGAAUGAGGCGGUCUGGACCCGCGAGCCCGUUCACCCUGGAGAAGCUCUGCUGGGCAUGGAUCUAGUUCGCUUGGGCCUUGAGCGUGGGGACAGUGCGUGGGGGGCGCUGACGGUGAUCACGGGCCUCCUGGAGCAACAUGGCCAGGGUGGCCCCUGUAAGGAGGACCCCGAGCCGUUCAGCUACCACAACACCUUCCUACUGGUCGACCGUAAUGAGGCCUGGGUCCUGGAGACGGCCGGCCGGCUGUGGGUGGCUCAGAAAGUCACAGCGGGGGUCAAGAACAUCUCUAACCAGCUGACCAUCGGCACUGAGAUCUCCGCGGAGCACCCGGAGCUGCGGAGUGUGGCCCAGGCUCAGGGCUGGUGGGACGGGGAGGGAGACUUCAACUUUUCCCAGGUGUUCAGCCCUGAGAACCCCCCAGCCAGGAUGGAACUGGCCAAGCUGCGUUACAAGGGAGGCACUGAACUACUCCAGCAACAUGACGGUUCGGUGACAGCAGAGGUGAUGAUGUCGAUCCUAAGGGACAAGCCUAGUGGAAUCUGCAUGGAUUCUGGGGGAUUCUGCACCACUGGCAGCAUGGUGUCCAUUUUACCCAGAGACCCUAGCCUGCCCUGCAUCCACUUCCUCACUGCCACCCCUGACCCCUCCAGGUCUAUAUUCAAGCCUUUUGUCUUCUCGGAGUGCAUGAUCCCAGUGUUGAGGGUGGUGUCCCCACAGUAUGGUGCAGAGGACCCAGCCAGGAAGCAGCCACGCUUCCAGAACCAGGUGGACCGCCAGCAUGACCUCUACAAGGCCCACCAGAAUGCACUCAACAACAUGGAGACUAAACUGGAUCAGGGCUUAGCUGUCUAUGAAAUUCUUAGAGACCUGGAGUCUCAGUGUCUGAAUGACAUUUCCGCCAUGCUCAGUGGCGAGCUGCCAGGGGAGGAAUUAGGGGACUUGUUCUUUGACUGUGUGGACACAGAGAUUAAGUUCUAUCAGUGAGAAGGAAGUGUCCUCUAUUGGAGAUUUGUAGUAAUGCACGUCUGCAGGAGAUGGCCCUGGGACAUUCGCAUUUUGUGUUCCCUUGGUUGGCUUCUCUCAUUCAUGCAAAGCCAUGGCCCUGACAUCAUUCCAUCACUAACGCAGACUAAACGUCUAAACUUUCCAUUUUACUGGAGCAUCACUCGGCUGCAUCAUCCCAGGGAGCAAUGACUGCAACUAAUUAGUGAGUGUAAUAAUGUAGACUACAGAGGUGUCUAUGUAGUGCUGUAUGAUAUUGAAUAAAUACUGUGAAGUAUUGAAAUUUUUUUUAACAUGCACUUCAUUGUUGCAAGUUAAAGAGAUUGCCAUUUGAUGGCUAUACUUGUAGGGAAAGAGUCAAUAAAGAGAG